AUGGCGGCGGUGCACGGCAUGGAGCCCGGCGUGGAGCACUACGGGUCCCUGGUGGACGUCCUGGGCCGCGCUGGGCUGCUGGCGGAGGCCAUGGAGGCCGUGCGAUCGAUGCCGAUGAGGCCUGAUUCGUACGUGUUGGGCGCGCUGCUGAAUGCUUGCGCGGCGCACGGCGACGUGGAGGCCGGGGAGCAGGUGGUGCGGUGGCUGGCGGAGCUGGGGCUGGACCACAGCGGGGUGCACGUGCAGCUGUCCAACAUGUACGCCGGGUGGAGCAAGUGGGAGGAGGUGCUCAAGGUCCGCCGGAACAUGGAGGACAGGAAGGUGGCCAAGGUGCCCGGGUGCAGCAUGCUGGAGGUGGAUGGCGUGGCUUGCGAGUUUGUGGCCGGCGACCGCUCGCAUCCGCGGACGCGGGAGGUCAUGUCAGCUAUUAGAGACCUCCACGGGCAGCUCCGGCAGUUGGACCACGACUGUUGUUACCUCACCAUGGAAAUGGAGCUCCAGCUUAGCUAA